ACCAGGUUCUGAACACAGAUAAGGAAAUCACACAGAUCCAGGACGGAUCCGACUUAUAGAUCAUUUUUGGCAAAAAUAGUGUUCUUUCGCACAUUGUAAAAGGCUCGAUCGGACAACUGAGUCACCUGGACGUUAUCUGAAGGUCUGGGAAGCGGGAAGCGAAUCGUGAUCUCCGUGUUAGAGGUGAUGAUGAUGAGGGUAGUGCGGUGUGCUCACAGACAGUAAUAUGAUGAAGAGUCCGGCGCACCGUUGCCGGGACAUCGAGAGGCAAGCUGACUACCUGCAGCCGGAGCACUGCGCCCCGCCCCCCGUGCGAGCCCCGGGCGGCAGCAUGUGGUUUAUCCGGGACGGCUGCGGCAUCGUCUGCGGGGUCAUCACCUGGCUGCUCGUCUUCUUCGCAGAGUUCGUGGUGGUGUUCGUGAUUCUGCUUCCCGCCAAAAACGCGGUGUACAGCCUGGUCAACGGGGCGCUCUUUAACACCCUGGCCUUCCUCGCCCUGGCCUCGCACCUGCGGGCCAUGUGCACCGACCCGGGAGCCGUGCCAAAAGGGAAUGCCACUAAAGAGUUCAUUGAGAGUUUACAGCUGAAGCCGGGGCAGGUGGUUUAUAAAUGUCCCAAAUGCUGCAGUAUCAAGCCUGACAGAGCACACCACUGCAGUGUGUGUAAGCGCUGCAUUAGAAAAAUGGAUCACCACUGCCCAUGGGUGAAUAACUGUGUGGGAGAAAACAACCAGAAAUAUUUUGUGUUGUUUACGAUGUACAUUGCUUUAAUAUCACUUCACGCCCUCAUGAUGGUGGCUCUGCACUUCAUCUUCUGUUUUGAAGAAGACUGGUCCAAGUGCAGUUCCUUCUCUCCUCCAGCGACCGUCAUCCUCCUCAUCCUGCUCUGUUUCGAAGGCCUCCUCUUCCUCAUCUUCACCUCCGUGAUGUUCGGGACACAGAUCCACUCCAUCUGUACCGAUGAGACGGGUAUUGAACAGCUGAAAAAGGAAGAGAGAAGGUGGGUGAAAAAAUCCAAAUGGAUGAACAUGAAGGUCGUGUUCGGUCACCCGUUCUCUAUCGCGUGGCUCAACCCCUUCGCCCGACCCGACCACGGCAAAGCGGACCUGUACCAGUACGUCGUCUGACACUAGACACGUGGACCGUUACCGUCCUCUGGAACCAGACUGACACCGCUUACAGAGGAGCGCUCUGUUCCCCACUGUCUGUCACAGUUACCUCACAGAGCGUCAUGGAUGGACUCUCCAUGCCUGUCUCCUCACCUCUGUUUCUCUCUCGCCCCCCAGCUUUGCCUCAGAUCC